GUGUAGUUUCACGUAUAAAGGUGUAUAUUGCCUUUACGUCUUAAUUUCACAUAAACUAACUAUACACAACUUCUAAAAACAAACCUGGAGAUUGAUUCUAUUUUUUAAUCAGUUUGUAAAAAUGUCCUCGAAAAUUAUCACAGAAGAGGUUGUCCUUGAAAAAGAUGAAAACUGGCAGAAUAAUAUGAUGAAGUGUAAAAAAAAAGACAACCACGGUCAGUUUGUUGACAUGGGAAACAAAAAUACCAUAGAAGACGACAUUAGAAAAAACACAAUGCCUGGCUUCAUCAUGACAGGGGACAUUUUCAGGACGAUUCUUUUAAUUGCAAGUUUGACCUGUCGAGUUGUAGUUCCACUGGAUAAUCGGAGCAAUAGAUUCGGGACUGGUUUUGUUGAAAAAAUUAGAAGACGGCGUGGUUCUUGUCCUUGCCCAGAGUGUAAAACAGAAAACCCACGGACAGAAUUUGCGGUGUUUAAAGUUACGACAGUCUUGCAUGUUGUCCCUGAACAAUCGCAAGCGGAAAAUUCAGUUUUUGAACUUUUCUGCGAUGACGAAUCUGAACAGGGAAUUAAAAAGUUGUACGGGAGAAGGUUGGCGGACACUGACAAAGAAAGAGGCAACAAUGAUUGGUGCUUUGUCGAAUGUGUGACUCAUGACGUAGAAUUAAUAUCAAAACUGGAGCAGACGAUAAAAGAGUUCAACGAUUUACAGAAGAAACUGUACCAACAGUAUAAAAACAACAAAGAGAAACAACUCGUGGUCAUUGUCUCGCAUCCCCACGGCGGGCCGAAGAGAAUCAGCUUUGGUCAGACCGUGGAGAAGAAAAGUCUGAAGGACGUGCGAGAGAACCAGAACUGGUGCAACUACAGCUACAACACGGCCACAUGCCCGGGCAGCAGCGGGGCAUACGUGUUUAUCUUAGGGCAGCCGCUGUGUGGGUCGGGCUACUGGUUCGGUCACCCACACAACCACAGCCACUACAACGUUGAACAUUUCGUCAACUGUAGCUCCAUAGGUGUCGAUACAGUUGCAUGAACAUUACGGCAACAGUAGCUCUAUAGGUGUCGAUACAUUUGCAUGAACAUUACGUCAACUGUAGCUCUAUAGGUGUAGAUACAGUUGCAUGAACAUUACGUCAACUGUAGCUCUAUAGGUGUCGAUACAUUUGCAUGAACAUUACGUCAACUGUAGCUCUAUAGGUGUAGAUACAGUUGCAUGAACAUUACUUCAACUGUAGCUCUAUAGGUGUCGAUACAGUUGCAUGAACAUUACGUUUUCUGAACUUAUAGAACGAACAUCAUUAAAACAAAAUAUUUAUUUAAACAAAUUCAGCAACAGUUCAAACAUUAAGUUUAAUCUUUCUUGUUGUU